AGUAGCAAAAAAAAAAAAAAAAAAACACAUCCGCGCUCUUUUGCGCAAGUCCGUUUUUUUAUGUUGCCAUACAUCGCUUUCGCGCCAUAUGGGCGGCCAGAAUUUGUUCAGAGUUUUCCUCAAAAGGGGAAGGUCUCGCCGACUUGCCCUGCAGCGUUGUGUAGCUUCACUUUUGUUUUGCCUUCUUCUCACGCAUGGCCGCGGAGAGGGAUUCCCCCACAGCUUUUUUCCCCGUUCGCUCUGCCGGUGACACUGCGAGGGAAGGAACGCCUCUCUCCCCCGCGUAACCCCCCCUUGUUUUAUUUGACACGUUCCACCGUCCCCAUGGCUAUGUUAUUUCACGUGGCAAAAAAUGGCUUUCCCCACCGCUGCCCCAUCGGCACUGGUCUUCACCGUAUGAGCGGCAAAGGGAGUGCGUAGCUUCCUUUUUGCGCUUUUACUUAUUUAUUCAUUUAUUUAUUUAACUUAUUUUUUUAUUUUAUUUUUUUAUGUAAGAGAAUUUCCCCCUUUUUUAUAAAAUUGUGGGGAGCCUCCCAAAAUGAGCAAAGGGCAGGGCGCCUCCGCUUCCCGUGUCCGUCGUAGAGAAGUGUAAAUCGGGAAAGUUUCCAGUUCGGCCAUCUUGGCAGGUUCGCGGUGAGUUGGCGGCGAGUGGGCGGCCAGCCCCGCGCACGGCAUGUUGACCGAUUGAGCGAUUGGCCUGUUGACCUGUUGACCUGUUGACCUGUUCACCCAUUCCCCUGCUGACCUAUUCACCCGUUAACCUGGUGGAGAAUGCCCGAAGAAGCUUUUUUCCCCAUUAAGGACCUGAAGCCGCUUAUGAGCAACCUGUGCGUGCAGUGCCUCAUCGUGAAGUUUGUGGAGGACCCCCCAGACCACAUAAACAACGUAGUGAAAUACCACUACCUAGUGGCAGACAUAAGCGGGGCGGUCAUAUUGUGUAUCCCUCGCUCGCUCAUAGAAGAGGAGCUCACCAGAAAGAGUGUCGACGUGUUUAAUGAUGACCUGGACGAUGCGGUGGAGUGGCACAGCUCCGCUCCUCUCAACCUGAGCGACCAUGUGGGCAGCGGCACGGUGACUGAGCAUGUAAGGGGCCCCCACGACGUGGGCAAGAAGCCGCCCAGCGGUACGAUCACAGCGAACCAGUCGAAUUCGGCAGGCCCAUCCAACGUGACCAAAAUUAACAACCCGCGAAGCUGCAAGUACUUCUUCCGGGUGGGGGACAUCCUGAUCAUUUACGGGGGCGUGACUACGUGGUCCAUGGGGAAAAUGGUCAUCAUGCCCAGCACGCGGGCCAAGAAGGGAGGCCCGCAGGAAGUCAGGGGGUCCAUCCAAAGAGUAGGCUUCUUCAACAUGGAGGUUAGUCUCGAACCGAACGUCAGCAAUUUGAUAACUUCUACGACGGAGAAGAAGUACCAGCCCGGGGUGGAGGGUGCUGGUCAGGCAGUUCGUAGUACCCCCCCAGGGAGGAGUACAGAUGGAGGGAGGAGUACAGAUGGAGGGAGGAGUACAGAUGGUGGGAAGAGCACAGAUGGGGGGAGGAAGGAGGACGAAGCGAAGAGUAGCGCCCACCACGAGUUUGUGGGAGAGGAAAAGGAGAGCAAAUAUGACAUUCUUCCUCUGCUGCGGGGAGAGGACGUGUGGUAG